CAAGGAAAUAAAAAAAAAUUAUCAAUUAGUUCUUCUUCUUCAUUGCUGAUGUGUCGGUCUGCUUUGAGAUAGAGAGAAGAGAGAAGGGGAGAAGGGGUCGAAAAUGGCGGUGGCCAUAUCAUCAAGUACAAGUUUGAUAUCAUCGGCAUGGCAAGCGACCCUUCAGCAUUAUAAUAAUCCCAGAGAUUAUCCACUGAUUCCUCCGUGUCACUCUAAUCCUAAUCCUAUUUCCAAUUCUUUUAAUUUCAAAAGACAUCAUCGUCCUUCUUCUUCCAAAUUUAACGACCAUGUCCUCUCUUCUUCUUCCUCCUCCAAGCUUUCUCCGAUUCCAACCCUUUUCUCCUUCUCUGGCUGUGGAUGCUCGUGGAUUCAGGACAAUUCAAUGGUUCAUGAUUAUGCUACAAGUUAUGGUGGGGUCUCCAACAAAUGCUACUCGUUACCAACAACAAAAACAGUUGAUGUCUCUUCAGUCUCUGAUCUUUUUGAAUUCAUAUGCUCCGGUCCUCUCGUUGACAAGAUUGGUAUUACUCCUGAAAGAGUUGGCCUUUCUAUUGACAAAUGGUUACUCUACGGCUCACAGCUCUGCAGACUCUUUCAGCUUAAUGAGCUUAAGCUCACUAUUCCUCAGAAAGCUAGGCUAUACCACUACUAUAUUCCUGUUUUUAUGUGGUGCGAAGAUCAGAUUGCUCUCCAUAACUCCAAGUUUCAUGAUGGAGAUGAUGAUGUUCCUCCAUUAGUGAUUGGAUUUAGCGCGCCUCAAGGAUGUGGCAAGACUACACUUGUGUUUGCACUUGAUUAUCUUUUCAAAACUACAAAAAGGAAGUCGGCGACAGUAUCAAUAGACGAUUUUUACUUGACUGCACAAGGUCAGACUGAAUUGAGAGAAAAUAAUCCAGGGAAUGCACUUCUAGAGUAUCGUGGAAAUUCAGGAAGCCAUGAUCUGCAACUCUCUGUUGAAACACUAGAAGCCCUGACUAAACUGACCAAAGAAGGCAUGAAGAUGAAGGUACCUAGGUAUGAUAAGUCUGCCUAUAGUGGGAGAGGUGACAGAGCCGAUUCAUCAACGUGGCCUGAAGUUGAAGGACCUCUUACGGUUAUUCUCUUUGAGGGAUGGAUGCUUGGUUUUAAGCCUCUCCCAGCUGACGUUGUUAAAGCAGUUGAUCCGCAGCUGGAGAUUGUGAAUAAGAACCUUGAAGCGUAUUAUGACGUAUGGGACAAGUACAUCGAUGCUUGGGUCGUCAUCAAAAUCCAGGACCCAAGUUAUGUAUACCGGUGGCGUCUUCAGGCGGAAAUCGCCAUGAGGCAGGCUGGCAAAGCUGGGAUGUCGGAUGAAGAGGUGAAUGACUUUGUAUCGCGGUACUUGCCGGCAUAUAAGGCGUAUCUUCCAACUCUUUACGCGGAAGGACCAAGCGGCUCGGACCCAGACCGUGUCCUUGCGAUAGAUAUCGAUGAAGAAAGGAACCCGAUACUUGCAAACUGACGGAGAUGCUGUCUCCAUUGCCUUAAAAUGUAUUACUCUUUUUAUGUAAGAGAGAGUAUAUAAACACUACGCCACACGUUGUUCUUCCUUCCAUCUUUUGACAUGCUAUUUGUUACAGUACUAUACUGCACAUAUAUUAUAUAUAUAUUUUUUGAUAAUUUAAUAUUUGUUAUUUUUAA